AUCUGUUAGUAUCCUAUUGUACUCUUGAAUUAACUCUUGAACCACAUCGACUUGUUUACGUUGUCUUCGAACAUCAUCUCAGCGGCUAGCCUCUUCUCUUGAUCUAUUCAUUUACUUGCGCUUCCAUAUUAUCGCGCUUUAGUUGUAUACUGGACCUUUCGCACAACAUCAUGUCAGCCUCGCCCCGACCAAGGAAUUUACGUGCACUGGCUGUCGGUGUGGUCUUACUCCUCGUUAUUCAAGUCAGGGGUCAAUCAAUACCGAUUUGCGAUGCGGGAAGACUCGCGGCAUGGCUCACCCCCAGCCGGGGUCGGCCAAUGUAAUCAAAUCGCAGGUGGUCUUCCCACUUUUACUCUGAUUCAGGCGCCUACUGCUUUCGCACUUCGCGCCAGCAACCCAUUGACCUGUGGCGCGAAUGGACGUUGCCCUGCCGUGACCCCAAUUGCUUCGAACUUAAUUCCGAUCUGUGAUGGACCUAGAGUUGUGGCAUGGCUCACCGCGAAUAGGCAGCUAUUCCAAUGCCAGAACGUUCAAGGUGGUAUCUCUACGUUUUCUCUCAAUGCGGCACCCACGACUUUCGCACUUCGCAGUAGCAACAUUGUAUUGACUUGUGGCCAGAAUGGGUUGUGUCCUAACAUUAACCCACCUAGAAACAACUUGAUCUCAAUUUGCGAUGCGCAGGGUCUGACUAGGGCGUUCCUCACCCCCGAUUUGCGGCUGUUGCCGCCAGGGGGAACGGCUGUUGCAACUGGGUCCGGUCAAUGCCUCAAUCAAUUUAAUCCUCCUCAAUUUCGGCUUACUGCGUCGCCCAAUUUUGGGCUUGUUAACGGCGGCAAUUUGUAUUGCACAAAUCAGCAGUGUAUUGGUAGGCCAUGGUUCUAAUCGAACCCCGACCCACUUCAAUGUAUGGUUAAGGUGUUGUGGCAUACAUUGGCUGUGUCAAAUAUAUCCACCCGUCAAGAUUUCACAUUUCACCUAUAGCUUCCAGGUGAUUUCUCUUUGCAGGCGCCAAUGCGCUUCGCCUAGUUAUUUAUGCCAAUCGAAGUUCUCGUUCAAUAUUCAAGAAAAUCUCCCAUUCAUAUUUGAAAAUGGACUCCUGUACAUAAGGCCCAACGAACAAUGUUGUAUCUACUUACUUUCAACCUUUGAUUUGGUCCGUCUGUUUUAUAGUUUAGUUAUUUCUAUUUUGCCUUCAUCCUUGAAAGCGCUGCGUCUCUCAAUAGGCCUAUUUCCAUCUUUGUCUUUGACUCGACUUUUGCAGUUACAAUUUGAAAUUGUAAUCUUUGGAACCAGUGUCUUUACU